AUGUCGCUGUCGACUGAGGCUCGUUUUGUAGCAAGCGUCAGAGGUAAAGGAGCAACCAUUUGUGUGGUACCCGAUCUCUCCUCUGAUCUCCUGGACGAUGACUUCGACCUGAAUAAGUCCUACCCAUGUGCUCAGAGACCUCUGCAAAAGAAGAGCCUUUUGGCACUGCAACGUCGUUAUUAUUCUGGUUCCUUGACAAGUGAACGUUUGGGUAUUUGCAGUUCUGUCGCAGCCAGAAACCACCAAAUGUCAAGCUUGCAUCCUUGCUCCCACAUAUCCGUUAACACCCUGCCACACCCGUCCACAGUGUCAGAGACAGAGGAAAGCCUGUUCAGUCAGCUUGUCUCUGGAGAUUUUGGGCUGUCGGUACCUCCGUCUGUCCUCAACCCAAACAAAGUCAUUCUUACCGUAGAGGACAGAACCAGAGAGAUUUUGUCAGCCAAUGAACAGGCCUGCAAACUGUUUGAGUGCACUGCUAAUAAGUUGACAGGAAAAAAGCUGUCAUGUGUUUUGAAGAAAACCACUCAGGUCUUGGAAGAAGCAUUGGAUGAAGACUUUUUGUUAGUGGAUGGAUCUGUUGCAGCUCUGUCUGGAAAAGUGGUGGAUGUUGUGACAUUGUCUGGAGAGGUGCCAGUUUCAGUGUGUACCCACAGACUGUCACAAAACGGAGAACGCUGGCUUGUUAUGAUUGAGAAUGUGGAAAGGGUUUCAGCUUUUCUGUCCUUCUCACAAGAUGGCAGUAUCCUAACUUGUGACCUGGCGUUCGCUCAUCUCCAUGGAUACCACCAUCCUGAUGAGUUAAAGGGGGUGUCUGUUAAGGAGCUAAUCCCUUCUUUACAAAUCCCCCUACACAGUCAUGCAUUGCCCAAAAUGCUGAGGGUUCAGAGAGUGUACGGUAAAAGCACAGGGGGAGCAUAUGUCCCGCUGUGUAUUAAACUUCAGGGGGCAGUCAUGUGCGGAAGAAGCCAACAGCAAAACAAUGGGACUGGAUACACCUGCUCAACAGAGAGUCUCAAAGAAACAGAUGCACAGGACAAGCAGCCAUGCUCUCCUCUUAACUCCCCUGUUUGCAAGCCUGAAGACUCACACUGUCAGCAACCUUGUGGAAAAGAGGCAUCCUCUGACAUCAAGAUGGACAGCAGUGUCCUCUCGCCCAGCCCUGCACUGGAGUACUCUGGAGCAGUUUGGGUUUUUGCUCCUUUGGGCGGUCUCCUCCUGCUUCGACCUGAUGGCUCAAUUGACAGCAUCCACAACCAAAUGGCUCUCAGUCUGUUUGGCUACAGCAAGGACGAGCUGCUGGGAAAGUGUGUCACUUUCCUGAUGCCUGGUUUCUAUGGAUGGAUGUCAGACUCAGACAGAAAGGCCAGCCCCAUCCCUGAUUCUCAAGUAGAGGCUAUUAAAAGUAUAUCUUUGUCCAAGAUAUCCAGGAAGUCUGACCCUUCCUCACUGGUGGCUGGAGACAUGGUCAUGGUACACCAGGCCGUCAUGGGAAGAACCUCAACAGGGAGAGGCAGGAUCUUCACUGGAACCAGCACCAGACUAGAGAAUCAGGGUAGCGCUCUGUCUACUCUUUCUCCUCCAGCUGUCACCUCCACACGUGUGGUUGUAGCUGAUGACACUACAGAGCUGAUGGAGGAAGCAGCCCAGGUAGCCCCCUGCAGUGCCCACUUGGACAGUGCAGAUACCACCGAGGCACUCCUAAAGACAUUUGCCUGGGUGGACCCUCCAGACGAAGACACCUGCUGUCUUACUCUUGCUGAACCACCACAGCAUUUCCGGGAACAGCAGCUUGGCAACACUCCCACUAAGAACGGACAUGCGGUCGUCAAGGUGGGUGGCACCUCCCCAGAUGUAGGCAAAGUGCACCGUUCAUGUGCCUCUGUCCUCCCAGAUUCCAGCUUUGAGGUCAUCUCACUGGAGAGCAGGUCUUCCUCUGGAUUCUGUGAAAAUUUUGCCGGCCAUGGUGGUUCUGGUCCAUUCCAGGCAGAACACUCUCCUUCAGCACACAUAGUCAACUCAGCCAGCUGUUUCCUGGACUUCAACAGCAAUGGUGAUCUAGUGACCCGAGCCCUGGCCGACCUAGAUCUGAGUGGUAGUACAGAAAUCCUCAGUGGCAGAAGUUACAAUGAUGAUAACCAACACUCCAUGACCUCCUGCGAUACAGCCGAGCUCCUGCGUACACCCUCCCCAUGUGUGGUAGGUUCUGAUCAGGAAACUGAGCCUGUCGAGACUGCCGACGCUAAUGUAGAGGCCAGAAACGGCUCAAGUGAAGAGCAUCUUGAAACGAACCAAGACAGGCUGGAUCAGUGGGCAGCUUUCUCUUCAGUUGAUAAGGAAAAGAGCCAAGAAUUUUCUGUGCAAAUUAACAGUGCCAUUCAGUCACUGAUAGACAUUCCUGCUACAUCUACUCCAAAGAAAAAGAAGGUAAAUGGACACACACUGUCCUCAGACUCUACACAGAUACUGGAGGGGCGAUACGAAGGAAGUGGAUACCACAGAGAUGGCACGAGAGUAGAUGUGCAGUGUGAUGUUUGCAGGACUGAUCUUCCUGAUGGACGCUCUAUGUUCUGUGUGUGGAUAAGCAGGCCUGGUCAGCAGAGGACACUGUUGCAAACAUAUGCAUCACUGCACAACGAAUCAGGAGCUAAUCUAGGGGAGAGGAUUGGAGAGGCCAACCAUGGAGAGGCAUUGCAUUCCACCAUGGACUUGGAUCACUCUCGAGCCUGUGAUGGGCAGUUUGAAGAAGAGUACAAGCCACUUAAAGCUGUUGGUAAAGGAGCCUUUGGUUUUGUCUGGAAGGCAGUAAGACACUCUGAUGGACAAGAAGUGGUGGUGAAGUUCAUUAGCAAGGCCAGGAUUGUGAGUGACUGCUGGGUAGAUGACCCCAUGUUGGGAAGAGUUAGCCAGGAAAUUGCCAUACUGACACGAGUGCAGCACCACAACAUUGUCAAGGUGCUGGAGGUGUUUGAGAAUGGGUAUUACUUCCAGAUGGUGAUGGAGAGACAUGGAGAUGGUUUGGACCUUUUUGAAUUCAUAGACAUGCAGCCAAGGCUGGAUGAGCCUCUGGCCAGCUACAUCUUUAGACAGCUGGUGGCAGCUGUCUUCUAUCUGAGGAAUAAAAACAUCCUUCACAGGGACAUAAAAGAUGAGAACAUAAUCAUUGACAAGUGUUUCCACAUCCGACUGAUAGACUUUGGCUCUGCUACCAUGAUGGCUCCAGGGAAGCUCUUUUACAAUUUCUUUGGCACUCUGGAGUACUGCUCCCCGGAGGUGCUUCAAGGAAAUCCAUAUGAAGGUUCAGAGCUGGAGAUGUGGUCUCUGGGGGUUUUGCUCUACACUCUGCUGUUCAGUGAGAACCCCUUCUGUGGUGUGGAGGAGAUCCUGCAAGCCAAACUCAAGCCCCCGUUUCCCCUCUCUCCAGAGCUGCAUGGUGUGCUACGUGGGCUCCUGCACCCUGAUCCCACCCAGAGGAUGACACUAGACCAGCUGCUGCUGCAGUCGUGGAUCAGUCAGCAGAUUUCCCUAUCAGAGUACACCUGGACAGAGGUGGUCCUAGAUACUCAGAGUUAUUGCUCUCCACAGCAACAGUCCAGUCCCAAAGCAUGCAUCGGGCAAGGCUUGUUUCCUGAUCACGGUGAUGAGACUCUUCCUGAUGAAGAGGAGGAAGAUGAGGAUGAGCGGUUGUCAAUGGUGGCCCUAGAAACAGAGCUUCAGAAGUACCUCCAUGAUUAUGAAUGAAUGAAAACUAGGAGGAACCUAACCGUCCGUCCAACUUUUAGUCUGCAGUGAUUCUUAGAGGACACAAAGUGCAAAAUAAGAAAAUGGAAGCUUGUUUUAGUCCAUGGCAAUAACCAAACACUGCUCUGUCUAGUGUAAGUCUUUUGGAGAAAAAUAUAUCUUUGCCUUUUUGAAGUGUAAGGUGCCUUCCUACCACGUAUAAUGAAUAUAAUUGCCAAGCUGUUUGGUUGGUCAAAUGUGCUGGUUGACACAUUUGUGAUUGCAACUCAACAAUGCAAAAGUAUCAUAAUGUAGCAGCAGUUUUUUUGUAUUUUUAUUUAAUCUAUUGUAUUUAUUCUCUCACAUUUGGGAAGAUUUGAAGCAUUAGAAUCAUAGUAAUAGUACACAGGGAUCCAGCUUUGCCACCAAAAUCCACCUAAGUGACCACAACGUUGAGUUGUUUACCUCACAGAAACCAUAUAGAGAACUUGACUGGAAUAGUUUUCCUGAUCCAGCUUUUGCUGGUGAU